AUGGGGCAGAGAAAAAAAGACGACACGCGACACGACGGCGAGUGGCGCGCUCGACUGAUGACACGACUCCUCUACAGCCGCGAGCCGAAAAACGUGCGCGCGCACGCUCGCACGGCUUUGACGCGCUCGCAGCUAAGCGAUGCGACUGCACCGUGCCGGGUGCGUUGCGGCUCCACCGGCACGAGCGCUACGGCUAUGUGUUCUAGACAAGCCGAGUUCAAGAAAAGGAAAAGGGCAACGCAGGAGCCGUCUGUUGGAUACGAACCAUUGGGAGGCUACUUUUUUUCCUGUAAUAACUCUAACCGAUAG